AUGGGGAACGCCAAGCUCGCGGUCGUGGCUGCCACGCUUGUGAUCCUGCUGCAGGCGUCGUGCGACGUCGCCGUGGCCCGGCAGCACCACGGCGGCAAGAAGCCGGGGCCGGGCGGCACCCCGGGCGUGAUGACGGUGAACGGGUUCCAGAAGGGGGAGGAGGGCGGCGGGCCGGCGGCGUGCGACGGCAAGUUCCACAGUGACAAGGACAUGGUCGUGGCGCUGUCGACGCGGUGGUACGCGGGGGGCAAGCGGUGCCACCACACGAUCCGCAUCACGAGCAAGCACAACGGGCGCACCGUGGAGGCCAAGGUCGUGGACGAGUGCGACUCCCGGCACGGCUGCAAGGACAACAUCGUCGACACCUCCCAAGCCGUCUGGAAGGCACUCGGGCUCGACACCGACGUCGGCGAGGUGCCCGUCACCUGGUCCGACGCCUGAAUUGAUUUGAACCGCAGCGCGUUCCGGCGGAGCCGACGAGCGCGCCGAUCGAGUCAAGUGUCAGUGUGGUUGCUAACCUCGAUGGGUACGUACGUAGAUACACUACUUGGUCGAGUACGUGGCUUCAGAAUAAACUACUUCGAUGGACACUAGUGCGGGUUUAUCCUGUGUAAGAGUGUCGCAAGUUCGUGUCGUUGACAGUGUUAGUAAGAUAGUACUUCCCGUCCCGUAUUAAGUGACGAAAUAUUACAUGUAUUUAGACGUUUUUUG